CAACAUUUGUCACAACUGAUGAACAUAAUCAUAGUACAGUUUGUAAUAAAAACCGCCGCACUAUCUAAUGAACAUAUUUGCAGCCGAUUUCUUUUUACCAAGUUGCGCUUAGCUGAGUUUAUACAAAGAAAUACAAAAUCGUAUCAUCGUUGUUUUAUUGAGCCACGAACGAGAGCAAAAUGGCUAGCGUGGAAUCGAAACGAUGUCACUACCCAGCGUGUUUGUACACCAGCAAGUGUCAACGACUUGGGCAGUUUAUGAAGAACAAUUUAAUGGUCAUACUUCUCAUUAGCUCUCUUGUAUUGGCGGUUAUAGUUGGUGCAAUUGUAAAAGUCGGCACCGGUAAAGUUUAUACCGAUCGAGAAAUUGACCUCAUAAGCUACCCUGGUACUUUGUUUCUCAAUGCAUUGAUGAUGUUGAUUAUUCCACUGCUUACUUCGAGUCUUAUAACGGGCAUGGCAUCCCUGGAUCAAAAAUCAUCUGGAAGUCUUGGAAAGAAGGCUAUUGUGUAUUACCUAACAACCAGCGUGACGGCCGCAAUAAUAGGUAUUGUUUUGGUCGUGUCUAUUAAACCGGGCAGAGUCGGGAAGGAAGAUGUUGAACGGGAUGAGUUAGAAGGAACUAAAGAAGUUGAUGCUGCUGAUACUAUCAUGGAUCUCAUUAGAAACAUGCUUCCAUCAAAUAUUGUUGCAGCUUGUUUUCGCCAGUACAAGACAGAACGUGUCGUUGAGUAUGAUAACGAAACCAAUACAACGAUGGUCAAACACGUGGUCGGCACCAAAGACCGUAUGAAUGUAAUGGGCCUCUUGGUUUUCUCGCUUAUCUUCGGCAUCAUAAUUGGCAAGCUGGAGGAAGUUGGGAAGCCACUUCGAGACUUCUUCAACAGUUUAUUCGAAGCAACGAUGAUGUUCGUCAAAGGAAUAAUUUGGUUGUCACCUUUUGGUGUAUUUUUCUUGGUUCUUGGCAAACUAUUGGAGAUGGAUGAAUGGGCGCUGAUGUUUGGUCAACUUGGCCUUUUUAUCAUCACUGUAGUGGUCGGACUUUUUAUCCAUGGCGUCGUUAUUUUGCCGCUCAUCUACUAUUUCUUUGUUCGUCAGAACCCAUUCUCUUUCUUAAAGAAAAUCAUUCCUGCUCUCAUCACAGCUUUUAGUGUAGACUCCAGUGCUGCUACCCUUCCAGUAACCAUGACUUGUUUGGAGGAAAAUUUAAAAGUCGACAAGAGGAUCACCCGGUUUGUCCUGCCCAUAGGUGCAACGGUGAACAUGGAUGGGACCGCGCUCUACGAAGCAGUAGCCUCGAUCUUCAUAGCCCAGCUCAACGACAUCCCAUUAGAUGUGAAGGACAUUAUUACAAUUAGUGUGACUGCCACCCUUGCAAGCAUUGGUGCUGCUGCCAUUCCGCACGCUGGUCUUAUCACCAUGGUGAUAGUCUUGAAUGCUGUUGGAAUUCCAAUUGACGAUAUUUCGCUGAUUUUUAUCGUUGACUGGUUCCUAGAUCGAUGCCGAACAAUGGUAAAUAUAGAAGGUGACUCGAUUGGCGCUGGUGUUAUUUAUCACUUGACAAAAGACCAAUUGAAUGCUGAAGAUCCACCUGGGUACAAGCCUUGUGAAAAUGACGAGCCCGUUGUUGAAAAUGGCGCCGAAGAGACUAGAUUUACUCACGAAAUCAAUGAAACAGAAGUUGCUCAGGCAGAUAGCAUCGCUUGAGGCCAAUUAUACACCUAGAAACAAGAAUGUCUACUGAGGCAAUCAGCAAUCUAAACACAGAAUCUCAAUUUACUCAGAAUAAUAUAUGAAAUCUGUUCGUGCAAGUGUUAAUAAUGACACUCUAAAAAAUAAUGUUCAUUCUUUUCAUGUGAGAGUACAGUACUUGAAAAUACAGGGUAUAUAUAUAUAUAUUCAUCCCAAUAAUCAUAUACUAAAUUUGCAAAGAACUAGCAAGUGGAAUACAAUUCCUGGGGUACUUAUCCUCUUCGUGUUAAUAGGAUAUACCAGGUACUGUAUUGUUCCUCCAUCUGUUGGUUUACCACCCCUGAUGUCAACAUUUUCUCACCAGGUGGUCCAUUCAGUCGCAGAUCCAGAAAUUUGAAAUGGAGGGGGCCGAGGGAGGGAUUUUCCCAGGUUGUGGGCUUGUACACCUCAGUACCACCACGGUUGGCGAUGAGGUGAGAAAAUUUAUGGAUGGCACCUCUAGAUGACUGAAAAUGGCACUCUCAGACAUAACAAUUGAAUAUAAUUUUCCUAUUUUCUCCAUUUUGGAGCCGAGUUAAAAAAAAAAAUGUCAAUUUUGCCUUGUCGAGAUCCUCAAAAUGGUGUUCUUGUACCACCGCCUCUGGCUUAGAAAAAUAUUUCCACCAAAAGAUUUAAUCGGGACCCUCCAAUGGCAGGAGCAGGUGUCACAGCCCACAUACAUAGUCCCGAUAAAGAGAGCUAUAUAAAUGCUCAAAAACUCGGGAUCUUAUACACCGGUCGCAUAGUAUGAGAGUGUAUAUACUGUAACUAUAAAAAAAUCAAGCUUGUAUGUACAGUAAUCAAAGUAUUAUCCUUUUUGCAAAUGCCUCAUAGACUGGGUGCAGUAGCAAAUUAGCAGAAAAAAGGUAAAAGAAAAUUUAUUUUAGGUUUUUCUGAGUAAGUACAUCGUAUAUUGUCUUGGAAAAAAUAACCCCAUUCUUAGGGCUUGGGCAAUUUUUUUAUAGCACUGUGAAAUUUUGGCAUAAAUUGCCCUAUUUUGGACUAAUUAAGAUAGAGGUAGGGAAUAUGAAUGUAUGUUUUUAGAUUUGAGUUUUUUAUGUUUUGAGAUUGUAUAUGUACAGAUACAAUCUCAAAACAAUGUAUAAAUACCAUUAUAUUAUUAUUAUUAUUAUUAUUGUUAUUGUUAUUAUUAUUAUUGUUAUUAUUAUUAUAUAUAUAUACUAUUGUUUUGAGAUUGUAUCUGAUACAAUCUCAAAACAAAUCUCAAAACAAUAGUAUAUAUAUAUAUAUACAGCAAUAAAAUAAAACAUAUAUAUAAUAAACUAUCACAAUAUAAACCCACUGGAAAAAGAAAUAGUGAAAUUUUGCUGAAAGACCCAAUGAUCCCUUAUCAUCCCCAUUAUCAUUAUCAUUGUCAUUAUCAUUUUCAUCAUCCUCAUUACCAUCAUUAUCCUUAUCCUCAUCAUCAUCAUUACC